AUGCAGAGGCCUUGCAGCUUCGUGGUCCUCUGCGCCGUGUGCGCGCUCGCUUGUGUGGAGGCUGUGCGACCGGAGAGGGAGUUUGCCAGAUGGGGGGAGUCCCUGUGGCACUGGGGGCACCGCGACGAUGGCCUUGAGACGACGGCCAACUCCAAGGACUCCAAGAUCCAGAUAGGCAGCAAGGCCUCGGAUGGCCCGGAGCAAGUUGAGUCCACCGAGCCGCAGAACUCGGACAUCUCCGAAGACUCAGACAGAACCGAAACCCAGGUGGAGAACGCGGGGACGAUUGCGGAGAACUCGGAGACGGAGGACUCCGGUACAGAGAACUCGAGCCCACCCGCUGGUGCUUCUGGGAGCCCGCCGGAAGAUCAAGGAAAUCAAGGGUCCAGUACAAGCCAUACGGAGCACGCGGAGCACACGGAGCACCAGGCUGGAAAGGCUGACUUGCAUGCGUCCUUUGAGGAGCUGUCCAAGUCGCACAACAAGAUGGACACCGUCAUGAAGCAGUACAAGACAGUUGCCGACAAGGGAGAGCAGCGAGCCGCUAAAUUCGUCGACUCGAUGGGCUCCUACCAGACAUCGCUUACAAGUUUGCGCGAGCCACUGCGGCAAAUCUCCUCUCAGGUCACCGAGCUUCAAACAAAGCUUGUCAGCAAGCUGGAGGCUGAUGAGAAGGAGCGCAUGGCACCGCUGAAUAGUCUGCAGGAUGAGUUGGAGCCAUCCAGCAAUGCCUCAGGCGCAGCAGCAACAUCCACGUGA